UUUACGAUUCCAUUGCCACAAUGUGUUUUUGUUAAUAGCAGGAAGUAAAUUACAUUUUACCUGGAUACACAUCAUACAUAACAAAUGGCCAAUACGUAUCACGAUUUGAAGUAUUGUGAAAGAAAUUUAUCUACUAGACAACAGAGAAAAGUUUGAAACAACAACAAUGGACCAGGUACCAGAUACAGCCCAGCACUUUAUUGAGUGUGACACGGGAUUAUGUAGGAACUUUUCUGUGUUUUACUGCAACACCUGUCAUCAGCGAAUAUGUGAUGAAUGCAAACAGCGCCAUCUAGAGCAGAACAGUGGACAUGAGAUUGUCUUCUAUCAGGAGAGAAAAAGAAAACUUCCUUCUGAAAAAUGCAGGAUCCACCCCACACAGGAUAUAAGUGUUUACUGUAAAGUUUGCCAGGAUCCUCUUUGUUCUACAUGCUUUGCCCAACAUUACAGAAAUCAUGAUAUAAGUGACCUUGAAACAAUCUACAAUGACAUGCUACAGCAAUGUCAGAAACAAAUUACUGACAUCUGGAAAACAGACAUUCCUGAAGCUAAAAAUAAUAUUGAAUCAAUUGGGAAAAAGAGAGAAAAUGCCAAGAGAGAAAUUGCCACGUUUAGGUUUUCGAUGAAAAAUAGAGCAGAUGAACUGAAAGAGGUUGUUGAUAAUAUACUAGCUGAUAAUAAUAAAAAGUUAGAUGAGAUUGAGAACUCUAUCCUAACCGAAAUGAUGGAACAAAAGAAGGAAACAGAGGACUACAUAAAGUACCUUGAAAAAAUGAUUGCAGAUUAUGAGAGUAAAAUGUCUUCAAUAAAACAUACCGAACUCAUGAAAUUCCAAUUAGAUAUUUCAUUAGCUACCCUUAAGAUGCCUAGCAAAUCUGAAGCCAAACUGCCAAUUUUAACAUUAGGUACACUUAAUAAACAAGAAAUAGCCAAGCAGUUUUGUGAAAUUGAACUAGAUUUAUCAGAACGGUUUAAACUUUCCUCUGUCACAAAAGUAAGUGAAAAAACUAUCCAGACAGAACUAUUGUCUCAUUUGUCUCACUUACCCCCAAACAAAUUCUGGUCCAGUGAUCUUAUGAAUAUCAUUCAGUAUGACAUGGAAGAAAACAUCUUUCAUAAAAUAUAUAUCACUUUUUUAAAUUUCCAAGGUAACCACACAGUAACAACAGAGGGAGAACUGCUUUACACAGAUAACAAUAGACAAAUUGUAUACAGAGUAACUAGUGACAUGUCCAUCAACAAAUUCAUUGAGACAGAAAGCUGGGAACCUGGAGCCAUCUUCUCCUCUCCUAUCAAUGGACACAUACUGGUUGUGAUGGAGAGAAAUCUAGUCUAUAAAAUAACCAGAUACAGCAGAGAAGGAAGAAAGUUACAGGACAUACGGCGGGAUGAUAAAGGACAAAAUAUCUACCAAAGUAUAGAUUACAUCACCGAGAACAUUAAUGGUGAUAUCUGCACAUCUGACUCUAAUGCCAAUAAGGUUGUGGUGGUGACAGCCUCAGGAGAGUACCGCUUCUCUUACUCUGGUCACCAGUCUCAUCAUGGAUUCCGUCCUUAUGGAAUCUGUACAGAUGUCCACACUUUUAGUGUCCACCUGCUGGACAUUAAUGGUCAGUUUCUGUCUAUCCUACUCACACCACAACAAUGUCCUCCACGUCCCCGUGCUCUCUGUGUUGAUGAUCAACACAAUCUGUGGGUCGGGGGGAGAAGUUCUACUGUCUCUGUGUACAAGUAUUUACAGAAAACAGAAAAAUGAUAUCUUAUUUACUGUAUUAUGUUUAUGCUAAUUAGUGUUAAUUUAAUGGAGAAAUGAACAAAGGUUCACUGGAAAAUGAAUUUAGUUGAAAACAUAUUCAAAUCCCAGAUUUAAUCCAUUGAUAAUUGUUUUAUAAUAACAGUCUUGUUGUUGAUUGCUUAUAUCUAUAUUUGAGACAAAUACUACACAAAUAACAAGCCAGAUAACUAUGUUGUGACACACAAGGAAGUUCACCUAUAUCUCCACAGCAUUUGAUCGUUAUCAAUAAUCUUUGCAAUAUGAAAUUACAGAGUUUGUAAUAUUAAUAUUAUCAAAUAUUAUUAUGUAUCAUAGUGUUUUUCCCCAAACAACCAUAAUAUUUUAAAUUGUACAAUACACAUGUAAAAUUUUUUUGU